AUGUUGCGCAGUUAUGCCGUUGGCGAUGAUUAUGGCUCAUCACUAUACGGAUCGAACAAAAAAAAGAAGCAUAUCUGUAAAGAGGUUAGUACGCCGGUCUAUUGUCAACCCGUUCUACCCGAACGUUGAAAUCUCCGAAACCAUAUACAUAAACUUACAAAGUGAAGUUGAUUUUAUUGUACUCUCAGCAGUACUCCGGGUGGUCGAUUGCUGACGAGUAUACAGCAUUGUAUCAAGUAUUCCUUUUCUUUUUGAAUUAACCCUUUGAGUCCCGGAGACGUAUAUUACGUCCAAAGACAGUUACAGAAGAAAUAUCGACCUCAUAUAUCCUUCAGUUGUUUAGAACGUAUUACAAUUGUUUAUUUAGUGACGUGAUACAAAGAUAACUCUUCUUUUCACUCUACAUGUUGAUAUCAUUGGUCGAUGCGCC